AUGGUGGCUCAGAAACUGCCUCCAGACGAACCCAACAGGCUCCGCGUCGCUAUCUGCGGCGGCGGCCCGGCCGGCUUGGGUGCCGCCAUCGCUCUCUCGGCGCUUCCGAAUGUCGAGGUGGCCAUCUAUGAGCAGGCCAGGGAAUUGAGGGAGAUCGGCGCGGGCAUUCGCAUCGGGUACAACUGCUGGAGAGUGCUGGAGCUGAUGGGGGCUGCUCAGGACGUCAGGGGACAUAUGAAAACGACGGUGUUGCAUCGCAAUGGCUUGAAUGGACAGAUCAUCGAUACGAGAACGUCGUCGAUGCCGGUCAAGUAUAGAGCGCGUCGGGUGAGGAGGACCAGGCUCCAAUCCGCCCUGAUCAAGCAGGUCGCUCCAGGCGUCAUCAGGCUCAAUAAGAGGCUGGUCGCGUUGAAGAAUCUGCCUCAAGGAGGCGUAUCGCUCCGGUUUGAAGAUGGCUUCGAGACCACCGCCGACCUGGUCGUGGGAGCUGAUGGCAUCCGCUCGGUUGUGCGAGACAGUAUCUUUCCUGACCACCGCAUCAAAUUCACAGGAACGACCAUCUGGCGAACCCUCAUCCCCAUCAGCGCCGUCGCCCACCAACCGGACCUCAAUUCCGGCACGUCCUGGUGGUACGGGCCCGCGGGCCACGUCUACCUCUCCCCCGUCGACGACGCGUCGGAGCUCGCGGAGAGUGAACGCAUGUUUGAAAUCUCGUGCCGAAACCUCGUCGACCCGGAGAUCGCUGCUGGAGGGAAGACCAAGAGAUUCAGCUGGGGCAUUCCGGCCACGAACGAGAGAGUCCAGUCUCAUUUCACGGAAUAUGACCCGCGAGUGAGAGACGUCCUCGCCCUCGUGCCCGAAGGCCAGUGGAAGGAGUUUUCGGCCUUUGCCGGUCCCAGACUCGAGAAACUCACGGCGUGGGAUAAGGUCGUGCUUUUAGGGGACGCGAGCCAUCCUCUAUCAGGCGCCUUCGGCUCCGGCGCGGCCUUUGCCCUCGAAGACGGCUGGAUCCUCGCCCGCGCCAUCGAAUAUACCCGCGACGCCCCCAAGGGCCUCGCGCAAGCCCUCGCCAUCUUCGACGCCAUCAGAUCUCCCUACUAUCUCAGAAUGUAUCGAUAUCUCGACGACCAAAAGAAAAAGGCGACAGAGGCGCUGACCAACGCUGCGGACAAGUCGUUCGAAUCAAUCCUCGAGAUCAAGAUGGCUUCGUUCGGCAGCGAGGAGGCCUUGCCGUGGAUAUACCACAACGACAUCGAAGGGGUGUGGGAAGAGUAUCUUGAAGGUCAAGGUGGCAGUUAG